AUGGAUGAGGGAUUUUGCUCCAUUCACGAUGCCAUUUGGGAAGCAUGUGAACCCUGCAUCUGUACAUGCAUUCAGCAGGCCCCGCGAAUUGGAGGAGGCACAGGUAGACCUCCAGCCUCGACAACUUCGGCACCUGCGCUAAGACCGACAGCUCAGCCAGACUCAGUACCUCCGUCAAUCCCUGAAGAUUUGGCACCUGCAACAACUUCUGCAUCCUCAAUAUCUUCGGCCUCCCCGACACCUUUGGCAACUUUGGAUCCUGCGACGACCACGGAUGCUACGACGACGUCGCAUCCAUCAACAACCUCGGAUCCUUCAACAACCUCAGAACCUUCAACAACCUCAGAUCUUUCAACAACCUCAGAACCUUCAAAAAUUUCGGAUCCCGCAACGACCUCGGAUCCUUCAACAACCUCAGAUCCUUCAACAACAUCGGAUCCUUCAACAACCUCGGAUCCUUCAACAAUCUCAGAUCCUUCAACAACUUCGGAUCCUGCAACGACUUCGGAUCCAUCAACAACCUCAGAUCCUCGCACAAUAUCAGACUCUUUAACAAACUAUGAUCCUUCAACAACCUCAGAUUCUUCAACAACCUCAGAUCCUUCAACAACCUCGGAUCCUUCAACAACCUCAGAUCCUUCAACAACCCCGGAUCCUGCAACGACAUUGGAUCCUUCAACAACCUCGGAUCCUGCAACGACUUCGGAUCCUUCAACAACCUCAGAUCCUGCAACGACUUCGGAUCCAUCAACACCCUCAGAUCCUCGCAAAACAUCAGACUCUUUAACAACCUCGGAUUCUUCAACAACCUCGGAUCCUUCAACAACCUCAGAUCCUUCAACAACCCCGGAUCCUGCAACGACAUUGGAUCCUUCAACAACCUCGGAUCCUGCAACGACUUCGGAUCCAUCAACAACCUCAGAUCCUCGCACAACAUCAGACUCUUUAACAACCUCGGAUACUUCAACAACCUCAGAUCCUCCAACAACCUCGGACCCUUCGACAACAUCAAACCCUUAA